AGGAAACGGGUUAAUGAACGACCGGGAGCCCCGCGGGCAGCUCGGCUCGGCGCGGCUGGCAGGGCCAGGGAGCCCCCCCGCCGCAGGGAUGAGGCUGCUCCCGCUAGCCCUGUGCCUGGGUUUGGUGGCCCUGGCGGCCGGCGGCCAGAGCCCGCUGCAGCGGCGGGUGGUGCGGGACGUGCUGGACUCCUUCCACGGGCGCAGCAGCGUGCGGGCGCUCUUCAGGGAGCGGGCGGUGGAGGGGGUGGUCGAGCGGGAAGACCCCUCGGGGACGUUCAUCGAGCUGCGGGUGACCCUGGUGCAGACAGCCUGCAGCAAGAGGGCACCGCGGCGGCAGAACUGCAGGACCCUGGAGAACCAGCGGAAGCCGACCUGCCUGGCUUGCUACAAGUUUGACAACAGCGAUGUCCCCAAAGUGCUGGACAAGUACCAAAACUGCGGCCCCAGCCAUCAUCUAGCAGUGAAGGAGAUCAAGCACCGGGACGAGGCGGAGUGCAGGGCGGUGGAAGAGACCGGCAAGGCGGUGGAUGCGCUAUACCUCCCUGGCAUGUACGCCUUCUCCAAGGGGCUGCCAGCCUAGGCGCCGGCCCAGCCGACAUGGCCACCACCUCCGCCAGCUCGAGGAGACAGAUGCUGCCAUGGGGGCCCAGCCCCGCCCCCUGCUCUCGCUUGCCACCCCCCAGCACCCUGUGGCCAAAGGACGGUCCUGGACGCACCCCCUCCGCACCUGCCCCCAGCUCUCCAGUAAACCCCAGCUCUGGCA